AUGCAAGAGAAGGAAAAACGCCCAAUCCAACAAGGUGACAUCGAAAUAACCGACCUCACCAACAUCCCCUCCCACGCUUCCGGUGUUGGUGGUGAAUACCCCACCCAAUCCCAACCCACCGGAACCCAACGCCAUCUCAAAUCACGUCAUGUACAAAUGAUCGCAAUCGGCGGCACGAUCGGUACAGGCCUCUUCAUCGGUUCCGGAAAAGCAUUGGCGCAUGGUGGACCCGUGGGUGCCUUACUCGGUUACACCUUCAUGGGCAUCAUUGUCUAUUUCACCAUGCUAUCAUUGGGCGAGAUGGUAACCUACCUCCCAACCUCAGGCGGCUUCACCUCCUACGCUACACGAUUCGUCGACCCCGCGGUCGGAUUCGCCACGGGAUGGAAUUAUUGGUACUGUUUUGGGAUUACGCUGCCGGCGGAGAUCACGGCUGCGUCGAUUGUGAUACAGUAUUGGGAUCCGAACGAUGAUCAUUUGGCGAUUUAUAUCACGGUUAUGCUGGCUACGGCUCUCCUUAUCAAUUUGUUUGGUGCAGGCGCAUACGGCGAAGCUGAAUUCUGGUGUGCGAUCAUCAAAGUCGUCGCGAUCCUCGGUCUCAUCAUCCUCGGCGUGGUCCUCGACCUAGGGGGUGGUCCAAACCAUGAUCGUCUAGGAUUCCGAUACUGGAAAAAUCCAGGAGCGUUUAACGACACCUACCUCGGCAUUGAGAAUAAAAGCACCGCUCGCUUCCUGGGAUUCUGGAGCGUAUUCAUCCAAGCAGCAUUCUCCUACCUCGGAACCGAAAUCGUCGCCGUGACAGCGGGAGAAGCCCGUGCCCCCCGCCGUAACGUCCCGAAAGCCAUUAAACGCGUUUUUUUCCGUCUUGCCGUGUUUUACUUUUGCGGUAUCCUCGUCAUUGGACUCACGGUUCCUUACAACUCUGACCGGCUCUUGAGCGCAAUUACACAAUCGACAUCGGCCGCUGCGUCCCCAUUCGUCGUUGCGAUCACGAAUGCCGGGAUAAAGGGCCUGGAUCACGUUAUCAACGCAGUCAUUUUGACCUCCGCGUUCUCAGCCGGUAACUCAGAUCUCUAUACCGCCUCCCGAACCCUCUACGCCCUCGCCCUCGAAGGAAAAGCUCCCAAGAUAUUCGCGCGUGUAACGAGAAAGGGUCUCCCAAUCUACUGCGUCCUCCUCACAUUCUGUCUCGGACCCCUCGCCUACCUCAAUGUCUCCUCCGGUGCCUCCACAGCAUUCAAUUGGCUCUCGAACCUCUCCACCGUCGCCGGGUUGUUCACAUGGAGCGUAAUCUGCUGGUCCUACAUCCGUUUCCAAAAAGGUCUCAAAGCACAAGGCAUCAGUCGCGACACACUCCCCUACAAAACCCCAUUCCAGCCCUACGCAGCCUACAUCGCCCUCGUAUCCCUCUCGAUCAUCAUCUUCUUCAACGGGUUUUCCGUGUUUAUCGGUGGGUUUGCGGUACAGGAUUUCGUGGCGGCGUAUAUUGGUGUUCCCAUUUUCUUUGGGUUUUGGGUUUUCUGGAAGGUUUGGGGGAGGACGCGGAUGGUGGGGUUGGAGGAGAUGGAUUUGUUGACGGGGGUUAAGGAGAUUGAUGAGUUGGAGGAGAUGGAUCGGGCGGAGGAGGCGGCGAAGGGGCCGCAGGGGUUUGUGGGGAGGAUGUGGAGUGCGGUGAUGUAA